AAAUUAAAACUAAAUACAUUCAUAAUCUUAUUGGAAUUCUCGUGUUUCAGAAAAACUCGCUAUUCAACUCAUUCGAAAUAUAUGCGAGUGGUGAGGGUGAAAAGAGGGAUGCUUGGUCGGGGAGAGCUUGCGCACGGAAAGCUCAGAGAUACGGAAGGGACUAACGCCCAGCUACCCUGUAAAUUGUGACUUCUUGUUCGUGGCUCGUAUCAAACGAAUCAUCAUCAAAUUCAAAAACUCUAAAUUCGUUUCCACCUUUAUUUGUGCUUUAUUUCUACAUUAUUUUGUGAAAGCUCAUUGUUUUCCGUAGAAAGCCUUUUGAUACGCCAUCGGGAUAACGUUCAUUUUCCUCAGCUACGAAACGAGUUAUAUUCCUACAUUUUCAUGUUCUUUUACGUAGAACUUUUUGAAAAGGGAAAAAGGAAGAAUCAGUAUCGUUGUCGAUAGAGCUCGCAUCUCUCUUUUAAGUGUAAAACAAAGUGUGAAUCAAAUGACGAGAAAACUCGAAAUAUUUUCGGAUUUGAAAGUGUAAAAGCUAAAAAAGUUGUCUACGAGAAAGUGUAUCUAACAAUAUUUAUACUCCAUGGGCGAAAUCCGAUAUUGUUCGAUAUUUGUCAUUACAAAAGAGGCUAGCAAAAUUUGACUAAAAAACAUAUUGAGAUUGAUCAAGAAGAUGAAAUCAUAUCUCCUCCUUUUCUUUUAUCUCUGUUCAUCGAGUAUAAUAGGAGUGUCAGCUGCAAACGUAGAUUGCAAUUAUCAUUUGACCGCUCCAAAAGGAAUCAUAGAAACACCAAAUUUUCCUAAAGCUUUUCCAGUACCCAUAACGUGUCGAUGGGUGAUCGAUGUUUCUGACAUAACUUCGACGAAUAGUUCGAUAGUCGUUUAUAUGACGCAGCUUUAUGUUUAUAAAGGUCUCAAAUUGACCGAGUACGCGUAUUACGAGUCAGAAACAACAAAUUAUGGCGCGAGUUUGGUGCAAGAAGUAACGGAGGGCAACGUUUUCGUGCAUCGUUGGUUCAGAACUUUUCGCCCAUUUCUCGUCUUAGAAUUCGAACUUGAUCGACUCGAAGGAAACCAUGUGCGUGUUUUGGACGAUCUUCUGGACGUAUAUGGUUUUAACGUCACAUACCAAAUGACCGAGGAAGAACCAAAUCCAAAUGCUUGUUCCGUUAGUGAAUGUUCUUUCACUGGAAAUUGUCUUUUAUCUGCAGAUUAUACAACUUUUACAUGCGAAUGUUUUUCUGGCUUUAAUGGAGAAAAAUGUGACGAAGGACCGCUUUGUUUUGACGAGCAACAAAACUCUAUUUGUCAAAAUGGUGGCAAUUGCAAACAUCUCGGGGCGAAAGCGGUACACUGUGAUUGCCUUUCCGGCUACGUUGGACGAAAUUGUGAAAUUCAACUUCUUGAAACUAUGAAUACAGAAUGCAGAGGUGAACAUUGCAUAAUACAAUGUCCUUAUCACGAAGAGGAACAACGACCGUGUGCUUGCAAAAAUGGAACGAAAAUAUACAACAAUCGAUCGAGAUACGAGUGCAGAAUAAAACUAUCGAACAUUACUUCUCUUCGCACAGGAUCGAUAGCUCAGCAUGGAAGUUUGGAAUCUUUUCUUGCAAAACAGCUAACCAAGUAUUUGAAGAGUUCAAAUAUAUCUUCCAUGGAGGACUUAAAGAUCCUAAGCGUGACGCCUACGUCGGAGAUAACUUUUCAAUUUUUUGGCAAUUCGGACGAUGGCGACAAAAUUCGAGAAUCGCUGAAUCGUCUGGUCCAACGACGCCGUCUCAGCGAGAUAGCUCUCGAAUCUACGCACUUUACGUUUCAACAAAAGCCCGCGCUCAGAUUGCAGAUUUUACGUUUGGACCGAUCGAACGAGCACGAGGUUCAUUUAGGCGACGAAAUCAAUCUUCAUUGCGUCGCCCAAGGAAGUUACGGUAUUCAUUUCAUUUGGUACAAAGAUAAUAUGCUGGUAAACGUGAGCAAAGCAAAUAGAGGAAUUCGACACGAGGAUCUUCCUAACGGCGCAUUGGAUAUGCACACGUCGAUAUUAAAAAUCGAUAAGGCGACUAUAUUGGACGCUGGUCAAUAUACGUGCCAAGCUAUCGAUCGGGGUGUACAGCAAUGUAAAAGUCUUUACGUACAAGUGAAAAAUGAACCGGAUGUAAAGGUUACGCCGAUGAGUACUACCGUGGAAAAGGGUAGCAAUAUACAACUGACUUGCACAACGCCCAAUAUGCAUAGUACAGGUAUAGGAUUCGGUUGGACGAAGAAUCGAGCGUUACUUAAGUUGGAACCAGGUAGUGAAAUUUGGGAGGACCUUUAUCCAGAUGGUAGCAUUUUAAAAAUUACGAACGUUCAGAAAUCGGCUAUAUAUACGUGCAACGUGGCACACCGGUCGAUGUCCGUGCGAGUAGAAUUGACGAAUCGAACUUUGGUACCGACGUGCUCUAAAGAAAAAUCCUGGGCUCUUCAAUGGCCCGACACAGCUCCUGGCUCGGAAGCUUUGCUCGAAUGUCCACGACGUUUCGUCGGUCCUAAAGUAUCGAGACUUUGCUCGAUGAAGGAUGCGACCACUCCCGAGUGGUUGAUGCCAGACUUUUCCAAUUGUCUUUACGAGCCAUUGCUUCGUCCUUACGACAGAUUCCGAAGCUUGACGCUGGGCUAUCAAAACACAACAGGCUCGGAAACGAUAAUUGCCUUUUGGAAUGUACUACGAUCGCGCGAAUUGUCGCUUUAUCCGAACGAAGCUGAUCGUAUUUUAAGUAUGCUCGUUGAAAUCGAACGUUACCAACGUACCAUCGAUCCGUCCGAUUUACAUCGCUCUGCCGAAGCUCUGACGCGUAUCGUAAAUCGCAUAUUGAACGAGGAAAAUUCCAUUUUAAGUCCGCAAAGAUUAUGGAUAUUACUGCAAAUAGCCGAAAAAAAUCUAAUGCACUGGUCGAAAAAAUUGAAUCAAGGCUGCGUUCACUUGUCCCUGUCAUCAAUGGUCGUCGAUAUUCAACCCUUGCAAUCUUACAGCGGUGACAUGCACUCUCUUCAAAUCCCAACAAACGAUUACAUGUAUUUCUCAAAGACGUAUCUUUUCGAAAAGAAGCAUUCGGAAGACUGUAUUGACGCGAUACAUGUAUUCUGUUAUUACAGCUAUCCUGAUUGGUACAACGACAAUAUCUCUAUACGUCUAUGGAAAAAGAGAUUCAGAGAUGGCAAAAGCAAUAGUACGUACAAAGGAAUCGUCAUUGUUUAUAAAAACGUUUCUAGCUUCCUUCCAAACGUAUACGUCAAAGAGCUUGACGACGGUACAGACCUAGAGUAUUGGAUUAAUUCGCAUGCGAUUACUGUAACCGUGCCUUCCUUCAAAUCUGACAAACACAAUAAAGUUAUGAUCGAUCUGCAUAUGAAACAAUUACGAAAUCAUUCUGGUGCUUGGAAUGUUUCUUGUGGACUUAUGGAUUACUCAGGUACCUGGAAUCUUAAUGGUUGCACAGCAAAUACAUUUCCAGGGGAUGUUACGAUUUAUUGUUCGUGUUCUAAUACCGGUACCGUUGCUCUUUUCUUGACCGCUAGGGCUGUAAGGGUAGUAUUAGCAAAGAAGGAACAAACAACUUUUAUCGUGACACUUGGCUGUGGAAGUUGUCUGGUUCAAUGUUCGCUAUCGUUGUUAAUUCUUGGCAUAUAUUGGUGGAAAAAUCGGAGCUGGUUAAAUUUUUUGAAAGUACAAUGUUGCGGUGCUCUGAUCGGCGCAAUGGCCCUGUUCAUUUAUGCGAUACGCGGCAAUCUCUCUGAUAGUAACUACUCUCUCGUUGCAAUAGGAUUGGAAGCAUUUCUUCUUGUUGGCAUGUCGGCUCCCAUAUCCGAGGCUCUCAUAAUAUAUUCUCAACUUGUUCAUAUACGAUCGAAUCAGCAUCUUCAACCCACAGUCAUCGCUGUUAUUACAGGGGUACCAAUUUUGGCUGUACUAGCCACCGAGCUUACUCACAAAAGUACCGGUUGGCGACACGAAUCUUGGUGGUUGAUUCAUGGAAGCGGAGUAUACAAUAUAUUCGUAACUUGUGCGACCGUGAUGUUUUUCGUAUUUAUGAUACUCUAUAUGGGUGUCCUUCAUAAAGCUCAUGCACUCAUAGAGGAAAAUGUUAUGAAGAAAGAAACAAUAGAGUCGAGAACGCGAUUAUUGCAUCGUGCCGCUGUAAUUAUAUGUGGCAUUAUUGCCACGGAAGCGUCCUCGAUCUUCUACAUUAAUUCAACCUCAAUAAUUUAUCAUUAUGUCUUCGCAUCAUUAUCUUCCGUUCUAGGUUUCAUCAUAAUAAUAGCAUACGUCGUUAGCAGCGAGAUCAAUUUACUUAGACCAAUAUUACGAAAACUUAAAUGGAAAUUGGAAACGAGCAACGAACGAAUUUCAGAGCCGAUUAAAGUAUGUUCAAAAAUCGAGGCAGAAAUGCAAAACGAUGCCAUACCACCACCUCCGUCGUCCAUCUUGGCCGAACCUUACAUAGAAACUCGAGGAAUAGCAGCUGGUAGCAUAGACAUGCGAGAAUUUACUACCGAGACCUCUUCUUAUUCGAAAUCUUCGACAUCCGUUGCUGGCAGGUACUUGCCUGAGAUUCGAAUCGAUCGACCGGACGACAUCAAUCUUGAAAACUAUAAUACUAGCCCGCGAAAGUAUCAAGAAGCAUUCGAUACAGCUUUUGCUAAGCGAACUUCUCAAUGUUUAGCCGAGUCUUACGGUGUUACAGAUCGUAACGCUUUUCGAGAUUUUUCUAUUCAUCAAAACGUUCCAUCUGAAUGCUCAGGCAAACUUCUUUGCAGCGCCGACAUAGAAUCACGUUUAAGUGCAAUGCCAGACGUAACGUUGGCGGUGAAAACGGAUGUAGAACAUUUGACGGGCGUUGAAUUGAAAACGAGAGAACACGUGAACGUUAUUCCCGAUAUUGCUAAUACAACGGAACGUAAACAGCCCGACGGCGAGGAAAAAAUGCCCGAAAUUCGAAUUACAAGUUGCGAGACUACGACUUCUGGCAUGCUGGAUCGUAUCUCGCAUGAUCUCGAUUAUCUUUUAAAUCGGACUCACACCAAAGAAGAAGUAUAAUAGACUUUCCAGGAUUUUUUUUAAAUAAACAUUCUCGUAAAUUUUCUUAUCGUCUCGCGUUAUGAUAGGGCGCGCUAUUACUUCCGACUUAUUGGAAGUUCAUUAUAUAUUUGAAAUCGAGCACGUACAUUUUUCUAAAAUUCUUGUGCCGAUUAUUGUAACGAUACUUUGAUGACGAUGAAACAAUAAUGCUUGCCCCGCUUAAAUUUAAUUUCUUUAGCGUUUUUAUGCGUAGUUAUUAGAUUCUAAGUGUACAUUUGAUUUUUUACAAAAGCAUAAGUCGUAGAGAAACUUCAUACGACGUUGUUGCACAAUGUAUAAUGAUUUUAUUUCUGAAAGAAAAGACGUCGUAAAAUUUGUAUUAUAAAAAAUAAAAAGGAAGAAAGAAAAAAAAGGAAAAAAAAAAAAGAAAAGAAAAGAAAAGAAAAGAAAAGAAAAGAAAAGAAAAGAAAAGCGCGCUUAAGGUCAUACUCGAGAUCAGAGUAGCCUUUCAUCGUGAUACUCCAUCCAUACAUCAAUUUUCUAUAAGUAACGCGAUAAUUCUCUUUAACUGUAAAGAUCUAAGGAAUAAAUCUUUAUAGCACAA